AUGCUCCUUCAGUUGAGGGGGGAAAAAGGCGUUCCAGCCUGCAGAGACGCUCUGCAGGCUGGAACGCAUGCAGCAGAGGCAACGGAGGAAGCGCCGUCUGCGUCUCCGCCUGCGAGGCUUGCAGGGGAUAAAGCGGUGAGCUGCGUGAAAUUUCAGACCGCACAGAAGGAAGAACGCUACCAGCAACUCGAGCCAGCGGGUGCACUGCAGCCAAAGGGCUCCUCCUUGUCGCUGGCCUUCCUUCUGUACUGCUUGCAACGGCAGGGUUACCGGCUUUCUGUAUACACCACGGCUUCCAUGAAGGCGCCGCACAAAGAAGCACAGGAAGCGGCACAGUCUUUUGUCGCUGUGAUAUCGCCGGUACGCCAACCAACAGCACCGAACGGAACGUGCAAGGUGGAUGGCAAGGCGCUGCUGAAACAGCGUCUGCCAGUGCCAGAUCGCCCUCCUCAGCAAACUGCCAUUGCACCUGGUGCUCAUGAAGACACCACAUGGAGAUUCUCGUCUGACAGCUCUAGUUCCGAAGACAUGGAAGAAGAAGAAGAACAAGAAGGCUGUUGCACGCACAUGCGUCGUGACGGUGCCUGCAACGGCAAGAAGGCUUAUGAGCUGCUGAUCAUGCAGCAGCCGAAUCUCUCUGUGCCUUUCAUUGCAGCUGUGGCGGCUGCGGUCGAAGUGAACGGAGGCGUAUUCAGCGGAAGCGGCGGGGAUUUUCUGCUGCGCCCAAGGAGCGUUGCUCCCUUGUGUCUCCACUUGGUGUGCUUCGACAUGGAUUCGACGUUGAUUGAAGAGGAAGUCAUCGACGAGCUUGCCGCUGAAAGAGGAGUGGCGGCUCAAGUGGCGGCAAUAACGCGGCAAGCGAUGGGAGGCUCUGUUGCCUUCGCGAAAAGCCUCAGACAGCGUCUCAGCCUCCUAAAAGGACUUGAUAGGUUCGAUUCGUCGUCUUUAGGCUCAGAAACAGACCCUCUCCUCAACUCCCGUAAACUCGUUGGAGAACCGCGAGAUCCGCUCAUCACGCCAGAAGUAAAAGCGCAGACUUUGAUAGAGCUGUCGACCAAGCUGCAAGAUGCCCAAGGGAAGCAGCUGCAGGCACAACUCGAUAAGGCUCUGCAGGAAGGGGCGGGUGGUCACGAUGAGCCAAACCUGCAGAGCCUCCGCGCACUUGCAGCUGCACUCGAAGCGGCAACAUCAGCGGCAGCGAAAGCAGCAGCAGCAGGGGCAAAUGCAGCAGCAGUGGGGGAUGGCAGCAACGAUAUUCUCAUGUUGCAAGCAGCUGCAACAGGCAUUGCCUUCUGCGCCAAAGAAAAAGUCCAAGCUGCGGUACCCCUACAUCUGAACCGUCGAGAUCUUUGCCUCCUUGCAUUCUUCCUGGGAAUUUCUUAUCCCGUAUGGCUGCUUGCUGACGCCGUGCCGUUGAACAAAACAGACAACAGCUAA